AUGCAAGCUCUUGAACAUGCAGUACACUUUUUCUCAAGUCAAGGAACAUCAAAACAAUCAAAUUCAUCAAAAAAAUCACCAAGGCUUUUUUGGAAACAUAAAAAACAAAAAAACAAUCCACAAUUGAUCUUUUUAUUUCCAUUGUAA